AUGGCCUUCGUAGGGAAAGUUCCGUUUGUAUUGAGGAACGCUGUCAGAGGUUCACGGCAUUUGAAAAGUUUAACAUGGCGCCGAGCUGUCGUCUAUGGCACAGCUGUCACGACAGGGAUUGUAGCUUAUUCUUACAGAUAUCUCUGGAAUAGUACAACUAUUCCUCUCGUGGUCGUUCAUGCCGAGGAGCAAAAUGAGACACCAGUUCCUCAAAUGUCUGCCAGAAAGAGGCGUUUCAUCCAGUUCGCCUCGAUUGUCUAUGAAGAAGAGCCCUACAUGACUCCAAGAGACUUCCUCUUUUCUGUGAUGCUGGAGAAAGUUGAUCGAAAGUUGCAGAAGAGAGUCCUAACAACUAAAGACGUGGACCAGAUGAUGGCUGCUGCUUCCAAAGCUCGGCCUGGCAAUAGCUUGUUCAGACUAUGGGGAGACAAUGGUUUGAUAUCCUACACAGAAUACCUGUUUUUGCUCACCAUUCUAACAAAGCCACGAACAGGAUUUCAUAUAGCUUUCAAAAUGCUUGACAUGGAUGGCAAUGAACAGGUGGACAAAAAGGAGUUUAUGAAGCUAAAGAAAAUUAUUGGGAAAAGUAAAAUGAGAAUUUCAAAGGACAACACAGAGAAAUCAGUUGAGGAAGGCAAGCACGUGAACACGACGCUGCAGGCAUACUUCUUUGGAAAGAGUGGAGAAAACAAGUUGCAGUAUCAACAGUUCCGCAAGUUUAUGGAAGAUCUACAGGCAGAGGUCCAGGAGAUGGAGUUUCUGCAGUUCUCCAAAGGAAUGGACACCAUGCGACGGGAGGACUUUGCCGAGUGGCUGCUCCAUUACACCAACGAGGAAGACAAUGAGGUUUACUGGGAAAACAUGAGGAAGAGGAUCCCUGCCGGCCAGAGCAUCACAUUUGAGGAGUUCAAAGCUUUCUGCCUGUUCACAAACAAUCUGGAGGAUUUUGCGUUUUCCAUGAAGAUGAUCAGCGAAGCUAAUCGUCCAGUGGGAAUGGCCCAGUUCAAACGCGCCGUGAGGAUAGCCACGGGCCACGACCUGUCCGAGAACGUGUUGGACACUGUGUUUAAACUCUUCGACAUGGACGGGGACCACUGCCUGAGCCACAAGGAGUUCAUCGGAGUGAUGAAGGACCGAGUGCUGCGCGGGCUCAAAGUGCAUCCACAGAAUGGCUUCUCCGGCUACUGGAAGUGUGUGAAGCAAGAGACCCUGAAGGGAGCUCAGGAAGCGCUGGGAAACGGCAGAUGUCCCAUCUGA